GCAACGCUAUAAACAGCAGUUCAGAAAUUGAGUUCCAACAAGCAGCACGUAAGAAAACACGAAAAUCAAAGCAGAACAACUUUUAAUUAAAUUUAACGCGUCUAUUUAAAAAAGUGAAAACAAAUAAAAUGAAAUAUUUCAUUGCAUUCGUUUUGGUUGCGGGCCUCUGCGCUCUUGCGCAGGCCCAAGAGCAGAGCUGCCAAGUAGACGUUCAGUCUGCUUGCGGACAGAGUGCCAACGCGCUCAUGGCAUUUUUCUCAGGCGAAAGUGGUGUGGCAAAUUGUAAUGCGCGCUAUGCUGCCAUUGGACAUCUGGAGCAUAAGAUGCAGGACUACAUCCACUUGCAGCUGAAGAAAUCAUACGAAUAUCUGCUGAUGGCCACCCACUUUAACUCGUACCAGAUGAACCGCCCCGGCUUCCAGAAGCUCUAUCAGGGUCUCUCCGAUCGCGCUUUCGACGAUACCAUUGCCCUCAUCAAGCAGGUGACUCGUCGUGGUGGCUCUGUCGACUUCAGCAAGCCCCAUCAGCAGGGUGUUGCCCAGCCCCCAGAGGUGCAUCUGAAUGAACUGGAGUCUCUGGCACGUGCUUUGGACAACGAGAAGGAGCUGACCAACGGCGCCAUUCAUGUGCACACCAGCGCCACCCACGGCACCACUGAUAACCGCAUCCACGAUCCCGAGAUGGCCCACUAUCUGCAGGAGAACUUCUUGAGCAAGCAGGCAGCAUCUGUCCGCACCCUCUCUGGCUAUGCCAACGAUCUGUCCAAGUUGGUGAGCGUGCGCGAACCCGCCCUUUCGGUCUACCUGUUCGACGAGUAUCUGCAGAAGCAAUAAGCAGUUAUCUCCUCUCUAUCGCAACUCUUAUCAAAAUUCACUCAUCUGUUAAUUUGCUAGUAUUACAAAGAUUCCAAAACGAAAAUAAACCCCCGAAACGCUGCGUUCUGUAAAUUAAAAUUGUCAUUUGAGUUGUGUUUAAUAUAAUAAUAAAUUGAAGCGCAGCAGCCACAAAAGCAAAAACAAAAACAAAGUGAAGUAACAUCUGAUUUCCUAUCGACUAUUGAAUUAUUUACUACAUCAACACAAACACACACAUACUAUAUGCACAUACACACACACUCACAUAUUUGUGAUAAAGUUUAAGUAAGCAGCAUUCGCUUGAACAAAUAUAUCUUUAAAUAAUUAUGUUACCAAGCUAAAUAAAUAAAUAAAUAAAGUCAACCAAUAUACGCAGUA